AACAAUCAAUACACAGCGUUUCAUUAAAUUCAGACUACAUACGGAUGGGCUUUGUUUCUAAUCGGGCCUUAUAUUUGCACAAUUGGCUCAUCCGGUCGCCAGCAGCAACAACUAAGGAGGCUCUGCGUAAUUAUUUUGUAAGCGUUAGUACCUAAAAUCUUGGUAGUUGGACGAUUCGUUUUAAAGUUUUUGCUUUCAUCCUACUCUGAUUAUUUUAUGAAAUCUGAUGUAGAUUCUUAAAAAGAAACAAGCGUCAGUUCUAAGAAUGAUUCACUUCGUCUACUCUUUUGCGAACGGCUCUAGGUCUCCUCAUAUGCCUUAUUAUUUUUUCUGAUUGAGCAGUGUGCUUGGUGCUGUUUAAGAACAAAGCCUGCUUAGUUUGUUUCUCAUAAUACUUAUCAUAGUGUUGUUAAUAAACGUGAAGAGAUACUGCUCCUUACAUCACGACCUUACAGAACAAUAUUGUCAAAUAUAUGUUCUCACUUCUAUAUCUGUUCUUGCGGGAUCCAUGUUACCAUGUAUGUCGUGAUAUGGUUUAAUGUGGGUUACACUUGAAUCAUAUAUGUUUGUUAAAUCAUCAUGUUUCUUUUUCAUCUCUUUUGUAGACUGCUUUCAUGGGUUACAAGCAAGGAGCCAGUAUAUGAAGAUUAUUUGGUCUGUAAGAGUGUUGGAGAAGGAAAUAAUCAAUGGAGACGGAAGAUAAUAUUGCUAGAGGACUCCAAGUGAGCCAAGCUCAAGCAGAGGAACAUCCUCGAGGUGAAGCAGAGGAAUAUUUCUGCAAGACGAGUCAGUGACAAUUUAGUUGGGGUAUUUUUAUGGAAUUUUUCCUUUUUUAACAACCACUUUUUAAUCAUGCCACAAAGUCUUUGUCAAUGUAAGUUUUCAAAAACAUUCAAAUUGUGAACUUAGAUAUGUAUUUUGGAGUUUAACCAUAUUUCCAAUAUGUCACUAUAUCCGACCAAACCCGAGUGAAACCGAACCGCCACCAAUUGAACUAUUACAAUAUCUGAAUGAGACUAAAUUUUUGCUUCCAAAACAUGUAAAUCCAAACUGACCCUAAAAUGAAAUCUGAAAGUUCAUUCCUACUGUGUUGGGUUGGCUGGUGGCGGCUAAUCUGUUUUUUUUCCUUUGUAUUUUGAAUUAGGGUUUCGACUAACCCGUUCUGAGUGGACCGGGAAGUAGUUGAUUUAUUUUCAGUUCAUUUGUAUUUAUUUUGUUCUUAUGUUUUUCCACAUGUCUUUGUAAACAAAAUUAAUACGAAGAUCUUUUUUUAAAAAUAUCUUCCCUAAUAUUUCAAUUACAUAAGAGGUUAUAAGUUUAAGCAAAACAAAUGAUCAGUCAUAGUCAAAGAUUUUAUUAUUUUUGAACUUUUAAUUUAAUUAUUUUUAUAUAUAUUUUUCUUUGCGGAUUUAUUUUAUAUUUUAAGUUAUAUAACUUUUUAUUUUGGAUAUAAAUCUAGUGACUAUAAUUAUUACUUUUUUUAUAUAGGUCCAGUGACUAACAUCCAAUCCAGAUUAAUUAUUUGAUUUUUGUGUGCCUAUCCAUAAAGUUUCUUUAUGCAUGCCUACCAUAAAGCUUCUUGAAAUUAGUAUCUAAAAUUUAUCAUAUUUUAACAUAAUCUGAUCUUUUGUUUAAAUUUAAUACUAAACAUAAAUAGAUUAAUUAAAAGAUGACCACCUAUUAGGAAGAAUAUCUCAUGAGUUCUCAAAUGAGAUACUUUUCUUCUUCUUUUUCAUUUUCAUUCAUUUUUGGAUGAUAAUCUGUAGAAAAUCUUUCAUUGGAUGUGUUCUAAGUUAAUUUUUUUUAAUAUCUCUUACCAACUCUAGUUAAUUCUGAAAACAAAAGGAUUUUGUUCUCUUGUUCAUUCUCCACGCACUGCUAUUUUCCUUGUUUAUAUAUGGACUAAUAUUUCCAAUGUAAUUUACAAAUUCCUCCUAUACAGAUCCAUCUAUAUAUAAUCAAAUUGUGAUGUAAAUGAUUAUUUUGUCACAAACCUAGCCCAUAACAGAUAAUAUAAUGCAGCAAGAGCAUCUUUUGUGGGAACUGGAGGAAAGUAUACUCUCUCGGAUUCCACUGAAAUCUGUAGCUCGAUUCAGAUCUGUUUGCAAACGAUGGAACACUCUUUUAAAUGAUUUGAAGUUCAUUAACAAUCAUUUGGCUCGUCCACAGUUCGUCUUGAUUUCCGAAUCUAAGACUUGUUCAGUAGACGUUAAUUUCGACGGUCCAUCUAUAGAAGUGCAUGACUUACCCUCCGAUAUUCCCAACUAUGAACAUAGGAUGGUCAUGAGAAUGCACUAUUGCGAGGGAUUAUUGAUUUAUGCCACAUCUACGGGCUUCGGGAUUUGCAACCCAUGGUUAAGACGUAUUAGAUGGAUCAAAUCGAAACCAUCAUUUUGUUGGUUCAUUGGGAUGGGAUACGACUAUAGUAAACCCGACAACCAUUACAAGCUCUUUGGGUCUCGUAUGAAUUAUGACACCAGGUAUGUUAAUACCACGGAGGUUGGAUCCAAUGCAUGGAAAUCGUACGAGUUUUCAUCCCAUAGCUGGAGUAUGGUUUGGGGUAGCUAUACUAUAUCUCUGAAUGGAACUUUGUAUUGGAUUGCUGUUAAAAAAAGUGCACGCCAGCCUUUUAUUCUAAGUUUUGAUUUUUCUAUUGAAAGUCUCAAACCCUAUUGUAACUUGCCUGGCAAAAACGAUCUAUCAAAUGUUAGAGUUCUUGAGAUUUAUAGGAGAGAUCGAUUUUCUAUUUUAGAGCAAGACUGGAACACAAGGAAUAUUGAGAUUUGGGUGACAAAAGAUACGAUUAAAAAUGGGGAUGGAGAAUCCGUAGAGUGGAUGAAGUUCAUGAAUGUGCUAGUUCCUAUAUGGUCAAAUAUACUAGUUGACGACUCAGAAAGACCAAGUUACUUCAUCGACGAGAAAAGUAAUGGUCUCGCAUUGUGUUGCAUUAAUGAAAACGGAAAUACGUGUAUUUAUAUUGUCAAGGGAGAUAAGUUUCACGAAAUUGAAAUAAAUGAGUUGGUUGGGUUUCGAACUCGUCAUCUUACCUACUAUCCGAGUUUCGUUCCACUUCCUACUGGGGCGAACGAUGCCAAGUCCCAUUUUGUAUUCCCCAGAGGAGUAGAAGCGACCAAUGGAGUUGGAGAAAACGAAUGGGACGAUGGCUUCUUCGAUAAUGUGAAGAAAAUAAGUGUAGGACAAAGUGAUACUGGCGUGGCCUUUGUCAAAUUUGAUUACUCCAACAACAAGGCAGUUGUAAUCGGAGCCGUUCACGGGAAUGCAACACAUAUUACAUAUGAUGACGUUUUAAUCGAUGAUGAUGACUACAUUGAAGCUGUCGAGGGCACCUACAACGACAACUACAUUACCUCCCUCACGUUCCGGUUGCACAAGAGAAAAAUAGCGCCCCGAUAUGGACCCGAGGAUGGGACGCCAUUUGUGCUCCGAGGAGGAGGAGGCAGGAAGAUAAUCGGGUUUUACGGAAGAAACACUGAUGUCUACCUCACCGCUUUCGGUGUCCAUCGCAACGUCCCCUUCUAGAUUUUUUAUUUCCUACCAAACAUUUAAAAAUAUUACUGCAUCAUUAUUUAUAGUGAUGUUUAAACAUAAUGUUAGAAAGACUUAUUAUUUUACCAUUUUUAUUUGUAGCUAGCAGUGAAAUUAAUAGAUAAGAUGUACUUUCAUUACAGAAAGGCUUUACUC